GCGUGUGUUUCCGGUCGCGCGGGAGGCGUUCCUGCCUGGAGAGGUGUAGGUUUAGCGGCUUUCCUAACUCGUUUGGGAAGAUGUUCUACCACAUCUCCCUGGAGCACGAGAUCCUGCUGCACCCGCGCUACUUCGGCCCCAACCUGCUCAACACGGUGAAGCAGAAGCUGUUCACCGAGGUGGAGGGGACCUGCACUGGCAAGUAUGGCUUUGUAAUUGCUGUCACCACCAUCGACAAUAUUGGUGCUGGUGUGAUCCAGCCAGGCCGAGGCUUUGUCCUUUAUCCAGUUAAGUACAAGGCCAUUGUUUUCCGGCCCUUUAAAGGGGAAGUCGUGGAUGCUGUUGUCACUCAGGUCAACAAGGUUGGACUCUUCACAGAGAUCGGACCUAUGUCCUGCUUUAUCUCUCGGCAUUCCAUCCCAUCAGAGAUGGAGUUUGACCCUAACUCCAACCCGCCGUGUUACAAGACAAUGGAUGAGGACAUUGUGAUCCAGCAGGAUGAUGAGAUCCGUUUGAAGAUUGUGGGGACCCGUGUGGAUAAGAAUGACAUCUUUGCUAUCGGCUCCCUGAUGGAUGAUUACUUGGGGCUCGUGAGCUGAACACCAGGGCCUCCUACCUUGUUUGGUCCUUGUCUAGGAGGUGUGAUUGUCGCAUUUCCCACGUUGUCCAGAGGCCCGGUCUGGCUGCUGUUGGGGCAGGGGGUGGGACAAGGAAGGUUCCUUGUCCCAGAAGGCAUUGGCUCUUAUAGUUUAGCCACCACUCGCAGAUGUUGACUGUGCAUUCUAACAAUAAAAAGCUCUUGGUUCUCA